AUAGCCUACCUUUUGGACGUUAAAAUAGAUGUACAGCCAUCACAAUCUGAAACACAAGGCGUAUCAAUAAAACAAGUGUGUUUCCUUGUAAGAGAACUUUUGACAAUAUUCGAAAAUGAACCUUCUGAGUGUUUUGUCAAAGAUUUAAUCCAUUUAUUACCAAAGAUCUGCUCAAAAUUGGAUGACGUUGUCAGCAGAUUAAGACAAGAUGACAAUUGCAAUUUUCGAAAAGGCGCAAUAUUAUUAUUGCACCUUCUCACUAGCAUUUUUAAUUGGAAAGGAUUUUCGAGUGUAACAUACAAUACAUUGCUACGUGAGGGAUUACGUACUUUGGCUAGACAAGUCAAUGAAGAAAAUGCAUUAUUGCGGUCUUGUAAGGAACUCGUUGCAGAAUCAUACAAAUAUUUUGAAUCAUUGUUAGAUAUUGCUACCGAAAUAGCAUUAGCUAAUGUUCUUGUCAACAUGUGUCAAUCAUUAAUGAAACAUUCUGAGACUUAUGUCCAAGAGUAUAAGGGUAAACAUGCAAAAUUAGCGUAUAAAUUUCUUUGCUUGGAAUGGCCUGAGGAUAAGCAUACUGGUCCUCAAUAUAAGUUAUCUGUUAUUCAGUUAUUAAAUAACUGGAUGGAUAAUGAACCAUCGCCAUUAGAGGCAGUGACGUCAAUUUUGAAAUGGUUACCAGAUGAAGUCUCCAAUUUUGAAAAUGUUAGUUCCUUAACAAGAAUACCUUCUGUGAAAAAAUAUAUUUUUCACUUGUUAUAUAAAAAACUAUUUGACGGUUUAAUUAAAGGUAUUAAUAUAGCAUUAUUAGCGGUCAACUCAGAUCCAAAAAGAAUAAAGGUAUGGCACAAUAUUACUUCAAAUGUUCAAAAACUUGUGCAAAUUUGUAAAACGUUGCAAACAAAACCUACUAUACGACUAUUUUUACGAUACAUGCCACUGUUAAUAAAACAAUUUCUAAAUACUGGUAUGCCAAUACUUGAACAUAAUCUGAAGUAUCAAACAGACGACGUAACUAGUAUUCUAAAAAUGAUGCAAAAUGGUACGCGAUACUUACAUGCUAUAUGUUGCGACUGCACAGAAAAGAAGAAUUUACCAUUGUUUAAAUAUGUGCCUGCAGCGAAAUCUAUAGCAGAGAAAUUUAUUUAUAGAGUCAAAGGGAUGUUGGUCCUUAAUGAUAGUGCAGCAGCAUUUUGGAUGGGAAAUCUUGUCAAUAAGAAUUUAGAUGGUCGUGAAAUUCUUUCACAGACAUCAUCAGAGGAAACUCCUUUACUAGACAUGAAUAAAAACUUGGAAGAAUUAGUAAAUGCAUCAUCUGAAAUUUUGGAUUCUGAUUUAGGUGAAAAGCCAAUAGAAGAGACAGAAGAUGAAAAUGAAGACAUAGAUGAUUUGUAAUUGUAUAGAAAAUUUGCUGAUAUUUUCAUCAUACCUCCCAAACAUUCAGGAUGUUUUUCCCAAUAGUGGGCUGAUGAUGCAGGACGUUUAUAUGUUUCAUCUCGAUUUGAUGCAAUUAUUAAUCGAUA